CGCAGCUGCUGCUUCCAUCCAGCUUUCUGGACUCACGGCUCUAACUUGGUUUCUCUUUUUUUCCCCUCCGCACAAGAUGCGACGGUGUACGUCGGGGGGCUGGAUGAGAAGGUCAGCGAGCCGCUGCUGUGGGAGCUCUUCCUCCAGGCAGGACCGGUGGUCAAUACCCACAUGCCCAAGGAUCGCGUCACAGGCCAGCACCAAGGCUAUGGAUUUGUGGAGUUCCUCAGCGAGGAGGACGCGGAUUAUGCCAUUAAGAUCAUGAACAUGAUCAAGUUGUAUGGGAAGCCGAUACGAGUGAACAAAGCCUCGGCCCAUAACAAAAACCUGGACGUGGGGGCCAACAUCUUCAUCGGCAACCUGGACCCCGAAAUCGAUGAGAAGCUGUUGUACGACACCUUCAGCGCCUUUGGGGUCAUCCUGCAGACGCCGAAAAUUAUGCGAGACCCCGACACGGGCAACUCGAAGGGUUAUGCCUUCAUCAACUUCGCCAGCUUUGACGCCUCGGACGCUGCCAUCGAGGCCAUGAAUGGACAGUACCUCUGCAACAGGCCCAUCACCGUUUCCUACGCCUUCAAAAAAGAUUCCAAAGGCGAGCGGCACGGCUCGGCCGCCGAGCGUCUCCUGGCAGCCCAGAACCCGCUCUCGCAGGCAGAUCGGCCCCAUCAGCUCUUCGCCGACGCUCCUCCUCCUCCGUCUGUCCCGACUCCUGUUGUCACUUCCCUGGGACCUGGCGUCACCCCUCCAGGCCUCCCACCCCCAGGAUCGUUUCCCCCGCCGGUGCCGCCUCCCGGAGCGAUGCCUCCCGGCAUGCCUCCUGCCAUGCCACCCCCACCCAUGCCGCCUGGCGCAGGUGCCCCUGGUCCCCCCUCCGGGGCUGCACCCAGCGGGGCACACCCGCCUCACCCGCACCCCUUCCCUCCGGGUGGGAUGCACCAUCCAGGUAAGCAUCGGAUGGGUAUUGGGCUCGGGAAACAUCGCUUGUCUUCUACUUCUGGGGGGUGGGCUUGGGUAAAUUGUCCCCUCCUUUUUCUCCCCUGAGGUUUCCCUUCUGUA